GAAUUACAACAUACGUGCCUGCUGGAGGUCCAUUUGUUAGAAUGGAUAGCCAUGUAUACUCAGACUACGUAGUUCCUCCCAGUUACGAUUCACUACUUGGAAAGCUUAUUGCGUGGGCUCCAACUAGGGAGAGGGCAAUUGAAAGAAUGAAGAGGGCUCUCAAUGACACCAUAAUCACAGGGGUUCCAACAACAAUUGACUAUCACAAACUUAUUCUCGACAUUGAGGAUUUCAGAAAUGGAAAGGUUGACACUGCUUUUAUUCCCAAGCAUGAAUCUGAGUUAGCUGCACCACAAGAAUUGGUACCUGUUGUCAAAGAGCUGACAAAGGUUGCUGCUUAGAUGCAUUUC